CGCCGAGGCACAGACAGAAAUGAGCUGCAAUCGACGAAAGCUGGUUUCACAUGGUAACAAUUUAAACAUUCUUUUCCCAGCCCCCAUGGAAAAAUUAUCCAUUGUAAAGUUACGGUUUUAUUAUUAUUCUCCAUUCAUUUAGGGAUUUUUCAAUUUACUUUUGUGAACUUUUAUUCACUCACCGAGAUUUAGUUUUGGCCGUGGGAGUGCAAAUUCUUCACCCGUGAUCACGAGAAAAGUUUCAAAUCCUCAACACGAACUUGCAGACAUUUUUACCCGGACACAAGCGACGAAAAUACUAACGGGUUGCGACACAAGCUUUCUGUGAACGGUAGUGCUAACAACCCCCUAGAAAAUCACGUUAUCCAAAAGUAUAAUCAGUGCAAGUUCAGAGAAUAUGACGGGAACUUUAUUAUCAAUAAAGUUAAUUCUGAAAAUGGCCACGCCCACUUCGUUAGCGAUGACAGAGAUUUCAUAACUAGUCAACGUGAUUAUCGAGAAUCUGGUAACAAAGAAAACAUGAACCAGUGCAAUAUGAAAUCGGUAUCAAGUUCAAGCAACGUCUGCAACGUAGAAUUUUCUUCUGUAGACGUUUUUCACCCUGACUGUGCCCAUUCAAGCUCAAUGAUGGAUUUCUAUCAAGCGGCGAGUGAAACUAAUCUUGUGGGUGGCGGAGUCACAGCAGCAGCGUUCACGGCUCAGGCUGGCGUGCUCUACACCAACACGCUGCAAACUUUGUACAAACACCCCACUCCGCAAGUUGAUGCGUACAUGCAAAGCUGCCUUUGGCCGCACCUGCUUCGUGACAGCAGCAGCGGCGGCAGCAGCAGUCUGGAUCAUUUUAAAGCUGCAGGGCGCAGCAACAACAGCAGCAGCUGUCAGCACCACCCCAGCACUGCACACUGCAGUGUAAAAGCUGCUGAGCUGCGCACUGCGAACGGUGCAGCACUGAGCGUCAUUGCACCGCGCAAACUCGAUGAGGUCGAACGACAAGAAUUCAUUAAUUUGUUGGUCGCCCACCUGAACAGUGAACCCACCUCGACGGUGUGCUUGGGCUUGAACGCGGCGGGCAGAGUGGUGGGCACGGCAGCCACACCCGCCACACUCGCCCGCUUCGUGCGGGGUGUGCUAAACAUCAACGAACACCUCAUCCUCCCACACAUCACAGCCGGCGGGGAGAGUCUGCGGUGUGGUGUUCGCUGUGUCCCGGUACGAGGCAUAGUUACGAGGGAGCUGCUGCGCGACGUCUGGGUCAUCGAAGUGCUGCUCACAGCCGACCAACAGGAGUACUACAACCCUUACAACAGCAGCAGCUACUGGUACCUGGGCCAGGGUGGUAGUGUAAACUGCGUUCCCUUCGACAAGUUCUGCCAGAGCAUCAUCGAUACCACGACUCGCCGUGUCGCCCCUGAUAUCCAGAGGAAGUUUACCGAGAUUGCAGAGCUAGAAGAGCAACUCCGAGCGCUUGAAUUGCAGCAAAAAGAUAUACUUCUCGUCGAAGACGGAAGAGAAGUUUCAUGUAGAAAUCUCGAAGAGCGGGACGAAACUCGCGAUUGCCCCACGUUUAUCCUUGACGCGGCAAGCCGUGCGGUGAACCAAGACGGGGACUCCGAAGCCGCUGAUCGCAAGGUCUCGUCGGCCACGAGCGCGUCUGCAGGACAUCUGUGUGAGCGCUGUUGGCUGCGAGACUGUCCUAUUGAUGCCUACUAGCCAGACCACUUGGAGUGAGAAUUUAUCGCUUACUUGCUUUGUUUUGUUUGAGGUCAAAGUCAUAUUUCAAUUAUGACGAUAAUUGUCUUUUUUUGCCGCAUCAUUCAAGGUCAAGUGAUAUGGUACUGAUAAAUUGACCAUAUCGCGCGGAAAUUAAUAAUAUAAUGUGCCCCGGUACGAGGCAUAGAUACGAGGGAGCUGUUGCAAGUUAGACGUCGUGUUUGUAUAUUUAUUUGUAUCGCGAGCAAAUAUCUCAAUUAAUUGUUGGAGUUACAUCGCACAAUCAUACAUCUAACAGUAUAAGUCAGAAAAUACUGAACAUCAGUACUUUCAGUAAACCGCAGGUUUAAAAUGUACUUUUUCUUUAUUUUAUAAUUUAAAUUGAUUUAAGUUUUUAUUUUUUCUCAUUUAUUAAUUUGCUUGUUUUGUGCUGAAAAGUUUAGUUUCUUUUCACAAGUCAGGACCACAUUGGAAUUACACGGAGAAAUUAUCAGUUUCUCGUGUACUCUGUUGUCGAAUUCGUUUUGCGCUUAGCAAUUGUAUUUUCUUACGGAAUUUCAGAUAGUAUAUAUACGUAUUGACCUGUACAAUUUUAACUUUCUUGCAAAAUACCAAGUUAGGUUGGUAUUGUGAUGAGGAAUUGUAGAUUUGUCACGUAAUUUUAGAUCAAUUUGAUUUUGUGUGAUGGGAAAUUGUUUUUUCUCGCUGAGUUUAACCCACUAACUGUUCACUUUUCCUUCGAUACUUCCUUAUUCAUAUCCGUUCAGUAACAUUGGAGAGCCAAAUUGAUUAUUGGCAUUAGACGAACAGCUUUUCCCAUAAGUUGGCCCUCAAUUGUGAUCUCUAAAUGAAGAUCAGGGCGCAUACUAUCUAUUGUUAUUGGUUAAAGUUCAUGAUUUAUCUUCGGGCUUCACGGCAGUAAAUGGGUUAACGCCAUGUGCAUGCUGUGUCGAUGUUUACCGUUCUCUCAAGAAACGAAGCUUCUUCCUUUACAUACAUCUAUGCUACCGCAGUCAUGAGUGAAUUGAUUGGAAGCCGCCCAACUUCACCGAAUUCGUCGCUGGUUGCAGUAUAUUAGUCUUCCGGAGCGAGUGUUGUGCAUCGAUGAACUUGCGUAAUUCUUCAACUACACAAAACUGAUGCAUUUAAAUUUUACCUAAGAAAGUUUGUUGUUUAGGUUAAAUAUAACUUGCAGAAGUUUCAUUGGAACCCAAAACUUCAUUCGAAACGAGAUUUAUUCACUCGUGUUUUUUUUGUGUCUGACAUCAUGAGUGAGGGCAUAAUCAAAGUGCCAGAAUGACAAGUUGUGCAUUUCGUGGUUCGGAAAAUAAUCCUACCCAAUCGGUGACCAGUCAAGAGGCUAUGAUCCAAGCCAACUCUUCCUUCACGUCACCGCUACAUGCUUUCCAAUAGUUAUGGUGCCGUUCAACCAUCGAGGAUAAUCAAGAGUUCAAUUUGA